UUCUCUCUUCGUUACUCUUCGUGUUCGUUGAUUCGUUCUUCGUUUUCGUCACUUUUCGUCGCGUAGUUUAUCGAAUUUUACCCCUCGAAAAAAAUAUCUUUUUUUCUAUUUUCAAAAAAAGAAGUGUCAAAUGUCAAAAAUCAAAAAAUAGGAAAAAUUGUGAGUUGAAUAAAUAGUGUGAUGUCCCAGCACGCGUUCAUACAAAAAAGGUUUAUCCCGGUACCACCUGAAAAGGGCAGUUUCCCACUGGAUCAUGAAGGGCUUUGCAAAAGUUUAAUGAUUAAAUAUAUGCGUUGUCUUGUCGAUAAUAAAAAUGAUUCUGGAUUGUGUCGAAAUGUUACACAAGAUUAUCUCGAGUGUCGAAUGGAUAAUAAUCUCAUGGCACGUGAAGAAUGGUCUAAACUCGGUUUCACUGAACAGAUGAAAAAGGAAACGUAAUGACACAUUGUUUUCUCUCUUCAUUCAACGAAUAUACUUAUUAUAUAUAUAUAUUUCAAAGACAGCAGACAAAAAGAGAUAUCCUUUUAAAUAUAUACUUAACUAUUAUAAAAAAUAAAA